CCUCCUCUCUCUCUCUCUCUCUCUGCACUGGGCGGUGUAUUAUGGGGACAGAGGAGUGGGCGUGUCCUCGUCCUAAUAUGUGGAUAAUAGCGGGUGUAAAGUGGAUUUGAACUUGCAGCCAGCGCUGAGAGGUGGAAGAGGUCCGACCAGCAGACAUCUGCUGCUGCACAGAGUCAGAGCUCGUUCGGGAGUUUCUGUUGGAAAAGUUUAAAGUCAGAAACACAAGUGGAUUUUUUUGGGGACUUUCAGGUUUUACAAGAUUGUGUUGAGAUGACUUCACACAUCUUCACGCUCCUGCUCUGCCUGGUGUGUUUGUGUUCAGCUCGUCCUCAACCAGAGUCGGCGCACUCAGUGAGGAUGAAGACGAACUCUCCUGCGACCGGCCCUCUGGCAGGCAGGGUGGUGCUGCCGUGUCACUUCAUAAUGCCGGUUUCUACCAGCACCUCCACGCACACUCCCUCACUCUCCACGCCUUCACCUGGACGCCUCCUCCCCGGUGACUCUUCCCACGCCACCCCGAGCCCUGCGGAGGAGCUGAGGAUCAAGUGGACCAAGCUGGAGGGAGACGGGGAGAAGGUGGUGCUGGUGGCCCAGGCCGGGGUGGUCAAAGUGGGGCAGGACUACAUGAGCAGGGUGUCGGUGGCCAGCUACCCUCUGUCAGUCGGGGACGCCUCUCUGAUGAUAGUGCGGCUCAGGGCGAGCGACGCGGGGCUUUACCGCUGUGAGGUCAUGCACGGGAUGGAGGAUACCCAAGACACCGUCAGCCUCAACGUCACUGGUGUGGUGUUCCACUACAGAGCUUCAACAAGCCGGUACACUCUGGACUUUCCUACAGCCAUGGAGGAGUGUCGUGCUGCAGGUGCCACCAUCGCUACACCUGAACAGCUGACGGCCGCUUUUGAGGACGGCCUCGACCAAUGUGACGCAGGCUGGCUCGCCGACCAGUCGGUCAGAUAUCCAAUCACACUGCCCCGUCCUGGCUGCGCAGGCAAUCUGCUGAGUCGACCGGGAGUGAGGACGUACGGCAUCCGCGACCCCACCGAGAAAUACGACGUGUACUGCUACGUAGAUAAACUAGACGGCGAGGUCUUCUACCCUCCGUCCCUCAGAGAUAAACUCACCUUCCAGGAGGCCAGAGAGGAGUGCGAGAAGCACGAAGCCGUGUUGGCGUCACCUGGUCAGCUGUUCGCAGCCUGGAGGGCGGGACUGAACCGCUGCGACUACAGCUGGCUGUCCGACGGCAGCGCCCGCUACCCCGUCACCGUCCCCAGGCCUCAGUGUGGAGGAGGCCUGCUGGGCGUCCGCACGCUCUACAAGUUUGAAAACCAAACCGGCUUCCCGGACCCAACUGACAGGCACGGAGUCUUCUGCUUCAAGGCCAAACUACCAGAGCCCACUACCACGAGUCCACCGAUGACUCCAGCUGAGUACAAUCCCGACAGCCCUGCGUUCACUCCAACACCCGGACCCCUCUUAGACCCCGAAAGAGCUGAAAUUCAAGCAAGAACACCAGGUCUUGUUGCACCUUCACCAACGCAGAGACCACACACAGCGUCACCAGACCAACAUGGAGUCCCCCCCACAGAGACAGACCCCACCACUCCCGUGUUUGACUACGAUGUUCAAGAUUUCAAUAACUCACACAGCGUAGAGUCGGUACCAGUUAGAGGAGACAUUUUGUUCCCCAUCCAGAUCCCUCCUUUACCCACCGCCCGCUUGCAGCCCCCACACCUUGACAUCUCCCAGGGGGGAGGCCCGUCGGGUUCAGGCCGAGGUGAGAGCAGCGGUAGCGGUGAGGCAGGCAGCAGCGAUGACGGCUCCAGUGGGGCUGAGGUGACCCCAACACACUGGGUGGAACCCACAUCGACACCAAGUUGGCCUCUCGAUACCACCACAGAGCAUCUAGAGACCUCCUCUGACCCCCCAGGACCGGGGAAGUGGAUGGAAACCACAACGAGACCACUUCUGGAAAUCCCUCCGGUAGUGGUUCACACCCCAGAACCAGGACACCCAGCCGGUCCCAGAGAGGACGGACCCGCUGUUGUUUUUAAAGAGGAUGUCACUCCUGGAACUGCGCUGACCUUCGACCUCGACCAAUCAGCGGCCGUUACUGUAGACAGGGAGUCGUCAGGCAAACCACCGUUUCAUCUCAUCAUCGUCAAUGUGCACGACCGGAACCAGUCAGUUGACGAUAUCCUGGACAUCUUAAAUCAGCCUUUGAACGGCAUCGGUGGCUCCCAUUCCCACAUCCCUCAGAUCACCGACUUUUCGCAGGUGUCCAGCGAAGCCGUCCAGGGCAGCGGAGAUGUCGAUCCUCUCAACCUACCUCCAACUGUCAGCUUCGUCAAUGGAAAACAUGAGGUGACCUUUGAGCCAGAUCGGCCAGCAGAGGAAGUCAGAGGAGAUCAGUUUGAGACGGCCACUCCUGUUCGGGUUGAUGAGGGGGACAAAGAAGAAGAGAAGGAGAACACAUCUGCCUUUGACUACAAUACCAUAGUAAUCCACACUGAGGGAACAACUACAGAGGAAACCGGUGACACUUCUACAGAUGUAUACCCGGAUGUCGCUGCAGGUUCAAGGGUCUCUGAUGUAUCUACUGACUUAGAGGGAGUCAAAACUCAAGAACCAGGUGAUCAAACAGCAACAAGAACCACCACCAUGACACCAUAUACACUCCCUGUCUCAUCUCCGGUAUCCACCACACCAUCAGGCCCAGCCGUCCCCGGUGUCUCCCACCAUGUCACCGAUGACGUCUCCACUUACGAGGACAUCGAAGGCUCUGCGAGCUUUGGCACUGAUGACGAGGCCGGUGCUACCCAGGAGGGCUCUGCAGACGAUGCUCUGCCCACCCCGGCUUCAGGCAGUCAGUCCGGUGUGAUGACUGAUGAGACUGAAAUCGGAGUGACGGAGCUUCCCACUUUUAUCCCAGACACACAGUCACGGGAAACCACCACAGAGACCCAGAUCGAAGACUGCGAAGGGUCUGCCUCUGGAGAAGACGAGGCUUCAGGACAAGAUGUUUACCCACCAGAGAUGCCCAAGUUUACCAGUACGCUACCACCGAUUUAUUCUACCCCUCACACCCAGCAGCCUCAACCUGCAGCAGGUACCGAAGUCGCAGAAGAGCCAGUAGUUGUACCCGCUGUUGACCCAGAAACAGGCUCAGGUGCAGAGCAGCUGUCCGGAGAGGGGGAGGUUUCUAGGGAACAGGGUGGUCUGGUUGACCUUCCUAGAGAGGUCACUGUUACUGUUUUACCAGAUGUGGCAGCUGUGACUUUUGGAGACCAAACUACAUUCACCACAGAAAUAACUUCUGAACCUAGCACGCCGAAAUACUCCACACACCACUCCCUUGCUUCCACAGCUGACAAGAAACAUCCCACCAAGCUGUUAUCCACAACCCCUGAAGACCACACCCCUCAUCCCACCGAGUUGUACAGACUCCAGACUGAGCAGUCCACCACAACCUCCACACAGUCUGUAAGCCUUUCGCCCUUGUACACUUUCGACCAUAGCCCCAACUCCGUCCCCCAGUGGGCUCUGAUCCCAGACCCCGAUGCCACCUCUCUACCUGAUUCUGUGGACUACGACAAAGAGAUAGUCGGUCCCCUGCCUGAGUCGCUCCCGAGGAGACCAGAAGAGACCCUGGCUACAGAGCAACCAGAGAGCGGCACUGACACAGCUUUCUCUGUGGAGGCCAGCACUGUGAAUGUCAGAGAUCUCCUGCCAUGCACAACCGACGUGUGUCACAAUGGAGGCUCCUGCUACAAAAAAGGAGCCCAGAAUAUCUGCGUGUGUGCACCUGGAUACACCGGACAGCAUUGUGAAACAGAUGUUGAUGAGUGCCAGUCUAACCCGUGUCUGAAUGGAGCCACCUGCCUGGAUGGAAUCAACUCCUUCACCUGCCUCUGCCUGCCCAGUUACGCAGGAGAGCUCUGCGAACAAGACACUGAGGUUUGUGGCUAUGGCUGGCAGAAGUUUCAGUCUCACUGCUACAAGUACUUCACACACCGUCGGACCUGGGACGCUGCUGAGAGGGAGUGUCGGCUGCACGGUGCCCACCUGGCCAGCAUCCUGUCGCAGGAGGAACAACUGUUUGUCAAUCGUCUGGGCAGCGACUACCAGUGGCUCGGCCUCAACGACAAGAUGUUUGAGAGAGACUUCAGAUGGACUGAUGGCAAGCCAAUGCAAUACGACCACUGGAGGCCGAACCAGCCAGACAGCUUCUUCCAGUCCGGAGAGGACUGCGUGGUGAUGAUCUGGCACGAGGGGGGCCAGUGGAACGACGUGCCCUGCAACUAUCACCUGACUUUCACCUGCAAAAAGGGAACAGUCUCAUGUGGGCUGCCCCCUGUGGUGAAGGAUGCUCAUGUGUUCGGGGCCAUGAAGCCACGCUACGAGAUGAACUCACUGCUCCGGUAUCACUGUAAACCGGGCUUCAUCCAGAGAUACGCCCCCACCAUACGCUGCCGGGCCAACGGCCAAUGGGACGCUCCCAAAGUCACCUGCACAACCCCCGCAACCUACCACAGGUCUGAGUCUCUCCGGCGCCGCAACAACCAGAACAACGAGCAACAGAACCGGCACUACAACAACCACGUCCAUCACAGCGCGAGUCAUCAGAAACAGAACCAGGAGGAGCAGCAGCAGAGCUACAGCCUCCUUCAGAACCUGUGGAAGUCCUUCCAGAGGGAGAAGAGGCAUCAGCAGGUCCAAACACACAACAAGGACCAGAUGAGACACUGAUUGGGUUUAGUGGUUUUUUGUAAAUCAGCUUAGCAGUGGCGGCCAAACACAAGCAGAGCCGGCUCUGUCGGUCCAGAGGCAUCGAUAGACAGAGACACACUGAGCUGUCUAUCAAUGGCUCUCAACAGGAAGAGGGAACCAAGCACAUUGUCCAAAAACAUUCCAGGAUCUGAACCGUAACACUAGUGAGAGUUUAGUUUCGUUUUAUAAAGUUUGUUUUAGUUCACGAGUCUGAGGAAGACUGGUGCCUUAAUGGCUUCACUGUGUGGGACUGAACACACUAAACCCUGACCUGAUAGAGGAUCCGAACCCGGUCUCUGUCAUCGUGUUUUAAAGGUACCCUGUGGAGUUUUUUUUUUUUAUGAACAAAAGUUACGUUUGCAUAAAUUUUUUCUCACCAAAUCAAACAAGCAAGGAGGCAAAAACAGUAAUUUUACCUCACAGAACACGGGAGUUUCUGGGCCGCCGCUGCUUCAGAUGCUAAUAUUAGUUUGGAUUUGAAUGAAUGCGUUAAAACACCAAAGUUGAACACGAACAAACAAACCGAUGGAGGCAGCUAUAAACCGCCACUUCCUGUGUCCUGUGAGGUAAAAUUACUGUUUUUAUCAAAGGAGUCUGGUGGCUUUGAAGACAUUUAACAACGUCAGAAAGGUCAAGAAUGACGUCCAACAUAUGUUGUGAUUUUUGUACCUUUAUUUUUAAUAUCAUUUCUGCUUUUCACUUCCUGCCUUCCAUCUCAAUUUCACGCGUCAUCAAAAUCAUAUAAUAUAUUAUAUAAUGGGCGGGGCUUAAACUGGUGUGGGUGGUGAUUACUGGAGGUUAAUUUAAGCCUGAUAUCGAUACGGGUUGAUCAGAAGUUGCAGAACAGCCUUAGAAUUGAGCUUCAGAUCAACGUCAUUGAUCACAAGAGUAAGUAUACGUUAUCUGUACCGGAUACUCAAACCUCCCAGUGGUCAGAAACUCCACACGGUGCCUUUAUUUUUGGGGAAAUCCGGCACAUACAAGCUGAGCAUUGCAGCGUCAGUCUUACAGAAACACAUUACUCACUGAAGUUUAUGUUUUACCCAGUAGUUUAGAGGAUUUAGAUAAUGUCAUUGAUAGACUAUAAAGAGCAUGAGAUCAUCACUUUAAAUUAUUAUCAUCAGUUUGUCCAGUUUCAGUUUGUGCUGUUUGUUACGACCCAUUUUUACUGGUUGAUUCCCGAUGUUGUCGGUUUGCCGAAUGUGAACCCGCAAAUGUUGAGUACCCCAAAGUUUUAUGUUGUUCAGUUUGGGUCCCCAGCAUUUGGAAACGUGCAUAUGUUGGGCAAUUAACAUUAGAGCAAUCACCUAAUCAUGGGCUUGGCUGAUUUAGACAAUAUUUAAGUGGUUUUGGAGGUUAUUGAAGACGCUGAAUCCUCGGCCACAUCGGUGAUUAGGCCAAUUAAUGCCAAUUAUGCAAAUCUGCCCGACUUAUAAAUAAUCAUCUGGCAGUUUCUAUAAGCUGGGGACCCAAACUUUACAUUUCUAACAUAAAACUUUGGGUUACUCAACAUUUCCGGGUUCGCGUUGCUGGCAGGUCGACUAAUGUAGAUUUUUGUACAAAAUAUUGUAGCUUUGAAAAGGUUUUUUAAAGGGGAGAUUUAAAGAGCGGCACACACGGAGCUGAAGAGGAGAUUAUUAUGAAUGUGUGGUGUGUGUGUGUGCUGUGGCUAUUAAUCAUAGGAUUUAUAAUAUAGAUACUAUAUGAAGCCAUAUGAAUUUAACUUAUUGUAUACUUUAAAACUAUGAAUGGACUGUGAUAUUAAAUAAAGGUCAUUGGAACUGAAGUGAUUCUGUUAAUGAUGACUUCUUGCUGUUUACAGAUUCUGUAAUGAAAAACAUCUUAUCAAGUAGUAAACUCUCAUAUAUGUUAGUUGCACGUUGCUUUUGUUGGGGACUGCCCAUUGUUCCUACAGCCCUUUAGUCCAAAAUCCCAAUAGUCCGAACAAUUGGACCCAUUGGACCAAAACCCCAAUAGUCCGACAGCCUGUUGUUCCGAAAAACCAAAGCCAACUAGAGUUUCUUGCUCUUUAUGGUAACAAUAAGGUUUAGGUACCGAAACUACUUGAUCAAAUGUAGAAAAAGUUCAAUAUUGCGAUCACAACAAUCAACGCAAAUUCAACCAAUGCCUGUGAAUUUUCGCAGUUUUGUCCAAUUCUUGUUUUCACCAAUCACAACAGUCCCAAAACAUUGACUCAUACGUCACCGAACUUAACUUACCGGAACAAGUUGCCAAUUUUUCAGGAUUUUUGGGGAAUUUUCACACAAUUUAAAUUUUUUUAAAAGUUGCCUUGAAAUCAGGCAUUUUUGGCUGCAACGAUCCCAAAAAAACAUCAAAUCCUGGAGGGACUGAAUGGGCGUUUGUUUACGGGAUAACGGCGGAUAAACGUUCCGAUACCGAUCUGAUUAACAAGCGUACACCACUAAACCUCUAUGAUUCCUAUCAUUGUUGUUUGAACUUGUUAAACUCUCAGAGCAGGGUGAGUCAUGACUUCGCCAUCCGGGGAAAGAAAAUGGAGCACUACGGGGAAGUAUCAGGGACUCGUUUCGGGGCAAAGUAAUUAUGUGGUAUCAGAUUGGUGCACAGACACGAAUACUCACCGAUUCCCGUCCUGGUAUCAGAACAACUCUCCGUCCAAUGGGACCUUUUUCGGACUAUCUGGGUGUCGGUGCAUCGGGCAGUCUGAACCUUAGCGCAGCACCCGUUUGUUGAGCAAUGUUAUCUUGUCAAGCUGUUGAAUUUUUUAUCGUGCUGUGACUCAAAAUCAACCUGACGAAUUCACCACCAAAAUGCUCCUGAUUGUUUUAAGCUGGAGGGACUGUGAGAUGUUGCUUUUUCUUCAGAUCUGGAAUCUGUGUUUUUAAUCCAACCAAUAGGGGAAUGUGAAAUAAUGUGCAUCGAGACAACUUCUACAUCCUCCAUUUUUUUUUUUAUGUAUCCUUUUGCAUUCGACCUUCAUGUUCUUCAUACAUUUUCCUUUUUAUAUACUGUUCCUCAAUGUAUAUGCAUUUUUUAAAAAGUGUUUUUCUACUCCAUGUGGUUAAUGAGGUUCACUGUAUCUGUGGCACAAGAGCUUAUUUUUUAUGUAAUCAUUGUUUCUCCAUUUGAGUUGCUGUAAAAAUCCUCCUGAUUUCAAUGUCAUUGUCAUUUGCUGUGUGUGCAAUAAUAGGAACUAUUAUAACACAA